CCUCUCCCUGGUUCUACUUCUGACUAUGUAUUUGUCGCAUGCUUCCUCAAGUCAAACUUGUUUAAGCAGUAUACUUUUUUCGGGAACAGGUUUUACAGGUUUGAUCUAUCAUUGUCAGCACAAUUUAAAUAUCGUUUCAUGUUUUUUUUUGUGAUAUUAGUUGUUACGUAAAUAGUCAAAACAAGUUUUAAGGUGCGACGAAAUCAAUUGCCCGCGUUUUAUUAUGAUAACAAAAGAGGAAUUGCACUCUAGCUCUGUAACAAGUAAAAAAAGAAGAUCACCUGACGAUGCAACCGAUCCGGUCCUUAGCCUGUCAUGUGAAUAAGCCAUGGGGCGUUUUAUAUAAAUAAAGCCAAAAGUGUUAUCAGCACAAAAAGCAGAAGAAUAUUGUCUACGUACACUUAUAAAGGGGAAAUUCAAGAUGAUAGCAACCGUAAUACUUGGUUUUGUUUUGCUGAUUAUUUGCACGGCGCAGGGAAAGGUACUGCCUGCUGGUUGUGCUGCUGUAACCUGCUUUGCUGGCCAGAAAUGUGUCACCUUUCCUUAUCCAAGAUGUGUUUCAACAUGUCAGGUUGAAACAUGUCCUGUCGGUUCUAAGUGCGUAGAGACAUCCCUUGGUGCACGCUGCCUUGCAGCUGAAAAGCUUGACUGUUCGACGAUGAAGUGUCCUAAAGGAGAAACGUGCGUUCAGGGCAAAGUCAAUUGUGCUCAGCGCCAUCCACGCCAUAUUCCACUUUGUGAGCAUCCAAAAAAACAAGGGUGGUGUGUAGAUUAUGCGGUUCGGUACUACUUCAACAGCAAGUCCAGGCAGUGUGAUGCGUUUAUCUACUCGGGAUGUGGAGGAAAUAUCAAUAACUUUAAAACUUUGGAGGACUGUUGGCGUGAAUGCAAACA